CAAGGACAUCAGCUAUACGCCAGGGUUGUCCUAAGAGUUGUUGUAGGUACCUUAUCUACUCUGCUAAUAAAUAAAAAUACCCACGCUCCGCGCUGGGACGGUUCGAGUCCGGGCCGUGGUGUCCUACACUUUGUUUUCAAUAAUAGGUGAUCGGUGAUGCUUCCUAUAGAAAGCAGUUCUAGCGUGAAUCUUCGUUAAGGCGCGCCUGAUACAUGUGACAGUUGCAGGAUAUACUCGCAAAUGAAGGGUGAAAUGAAACCUUAAAGGAGUAGGUAUCCUAUUUUACCGGUUACGGGGCAAUUUAUGAAAUCCUAUAAUAGCGGAGCAGGAGAUAUGACGGAGUCAGAACCAUACUGUUAAUGUGAAACUGUCCUAAUAGUUAGCGACUUCAAUAAUGAUUUACCUAUAGCAAAUACCUCUAAUAUAGGUAGAUGACGAAAAGAAUGGCAAUAUUCAUAGCUGUCCUUAAAAUUAUAUACCUACACUAUUUGUAGGUCUCAAUUGUAUUGUUCGCAAACAUAAUCUCGACUGCACUUACAGAGAUUACAGUGGUUCUUUACUUAUGUUUACGAAGUCGUAUUUUAGGCUACCAAAUCUGGGCUCUAUAGACGAAAUGUUAGACAAUGAUGCCUGCACCUGGUAUCGUUAUCGGCUUCCAAAUACAUGUCAUAGCCAAACAACCAUUGUACAUAGAUCUAUUGUUCCUCACGAAUUUACAACAAUGGAUAUGUUUAGUUUGUUGUUUUAUCUAGUCCAAACGUCAUAAAUAUCAGAGGUUCGCUCAGUCAAUAGAGGACCUGCGUAGAAUACGUAUAGGCUCAGUCAAAUAUUUAUUUUAAAGUUGAGUGUAAAAUGAUUAAAUAUCUCGGAUUUUUACUUCUUUUAAACAGCAUUUUUACUGAAGAAGAUUACGAUUACAGAUAUGACUAUAGUGAUGACGAUAUCUCAAAUGGAGAUGAUUAUGUGUACAAUAGAACAGAUAAAGCUAGACCUAAAAGAAUAUAUGUUGAUGAUAACAUUAAUAACGUAAUUGAUGACGGCCGUAAUUUUGGUAAUAACACUGAUAACUAUAUUUUCAAAGAAGGAUAUCAGGAUGAAGUGAACAUACUAGAUGAUACUAUACCCAAAUACCCCAAGAAGCUACACAAGAGGGACUGUAAAUACCCGAGUAGCAGCGAAGAGAGUAUCGGCAGCCCGGAGCCAAACAAGAAAGACGAUAUAUCCACAUAUCCAUUCGUGGCGUCUGUGCUCCGCAUGGGCUCGCACUACGCUACUGGCGUGUUGGUGGAUAAGCGGUGGGUGCUGAGUGCUGCUGGGGUGUUUAACAACGUUCGAGAAUCGAUUAAACUGUACAGAGUACGUCUAGGCUCCGUAAACUGCAAGCGUGGUGGCCUCCUAAUGCCGUUGCAGCAGAUCGUGAUCCACCCGUCGUAUAUGCCCGGCAAGCCAGAAAGCGACCUGGCCAUGCUGCGUCUAGCGCAGCCGGCGGAUCUCAGUCCUUCCAUCCAUCCCAUUAGCUUGACAGAGAGGAAAGGGAGGGUGGAAAUCAGCAAGUUUUUGACGAUGUACUGGCCGCGGCUGAUUGUGGACGGGAAAGCCCUCCCAGCUGACGCGAAAGAACGGCAGCAGCACACCAGCAUGCGAGUGUCAACACAGCGGGUGCUGCCGUGGAAGCAGUGCUGGCGGGCUCUGAGCCAGCGCCUGCAAGAGCUUACACAGAACAGCUUCUGUCUGCGGCCUUUGAAGCGGUUCCACACUCUCUGCUUGCCCGACGUUGGUGCACCAGUGCUGUCUUCAGACGGAUUAUGGGGCAUAAUUUCUGGGUGGGUGCACGAGCCCUGCAGUUACAAAGACCCCUGCCCUGUCGUGGUUGCGCGCAUAUCUCCACCAUCCAUACGAUAUUGGUUAGAGUCUCAGUUUGAACUUGAAGACUAAGAAUUUGAAGGAAUCUUCUGGACAUUUCUGGCACUAACAUAUUCCCAGAGACAAUCGAAAAGUCGUUUGGACAUCAUUGGAACGUGAUGUAGAGUUUGGAUAUGGAUUGUUCUAAUUGCGGCUUGUUGCAAUCUGUGCAGCAAUUGAACAGAGUUUUGAGACUAACUCAUGCUAGAACGGCCCGGGUCUGGGCCGAGGCUUUCGACACUUUGUUUUCUAUGACUGGUGAACACGUGAUGCUUUCUAAUAGGAAACUGAAGUGUCGGCCGCUUCGGCCUGGAGCCGGACCGUUCGCCACGUCCUGUUAAACUGACAAAGUUCGUCCGUUCCGUUUUUUAUUAAACAUCAUGUACAUAUUUUUAGAAAGUGUAGGUAUAGUCAAAACACGAAGACACCGCAAAGCACAAAAUAAUCAAUUCAGUCUCAAAUUUACAUUCGUGCGGUAUACGCGUCAGCCUUUGUGGUGCACAAAUCACGCGAGGUGUUUUCGGCCACUUUUUGACCCCCCCUCACCCCUUGGUGAUAUUUCGUGAGGUUUUUGGCUACCCCCCCUCGCCCACAUAACCUCACAUGUAAUUUUUUAUCCUAAAGACUAAAGAGAAAAAUACCCUCUCCCCCAACGUGAUCUGUCGUGAUUUUUUCGUGACCCCACCCCCCCCUAUCGAACCUCGCGUGAUUUGUACACAAGCCCUAAUGGGUUUUCUUGGUUAUAUUUAUAAACGCCCAUAGUUUAUACUCCAAAUACUCAUUUCUUAUUCCUAUUACAUAUUAAGGUUCUAAAGUAGGUAGUUGUGUGUCAGCUGAGUUAUACUCUCAAUGCAAUCUGCCUAAAGUCUAUCUAGAAUUAAUUACAAAAAUGUGUUAUUUUAGCAAAUUAGAUUUAAAUGUACCGCACAGCUUGGGUAAUGCAGCAAGGCUUAAGCUCCGCACUCUUACGGCUCGGCCACGACAUUGCGCGACUGGUGACGGCGGCGGCAGCAACCAUAGGUUGGGGCGAGACAGCGAUCGGACCUUUCGUUCUCACCUAUGGUUGCGGCCGGCGCCGUCGCCGGUCGCGCAGUCGUUUAGUAAAAACUUUUAUCUCCUACUAUAGUUUAUAUGGAGAAACGGCCGUCCACAAUCUUCUUAAGAAAGCGGAAUGCAAGAGGUUUACUAUGCAAGGAGCUGUAACCAUUGCUACAUUAGGUCAGACCGAGAUAAGUCUGCAACGAUUUUGAUAGCACACGCAGUGCAAGUGUUAUUUUAAACGUCAAACUUCUAUGAAAUUACGUUACGACGUAUAGGUAGUAUACAUAAAUAACACUGUUAUCAAAAUCGUUGCAGACUUUUCUUUUAACUACCCAAGCUACGUGGUUUGUUGUUGAAUUGUAAAAUCUACCGUAACAACGCUACAAAGAUAUAAUAA